CAGACAGUGAUUCAGUGGAUUUCGGUGACUGCAGCAAUGGAAACUGCCGAGGGUCCACAUCUGGUGCGGCUGUAUGUGUAUGACAUGUCCCGCGGCCUGGCUCGCCGUCUUAGUCCUGUCAUGCUCGGAAAACAGUUGGAAGGAAUCUGGCACACUUCCAUCAUUGUAUUCGAUGAAGAAUUCUUUUAUGGCCGUGAAGGUAUCACCAGCUGUUUGCCAGGACGAACAAUGUUAGGUGAACCCGACUCUGUGAUGGAGCUUGGCAUUACUGAAGUAACAGAAGAGAUUUUCCUGGAAUAUCUAUCCUCCCUGAGGGAGUCUGGGUUCAGUGGGGAGUCAUACCACCUGUUUGAUCACAACUGCAAUACUUUCAGCAAUGAAGUGGCUCAGUUCUUGACUGGAAAAAAAAUUCCUUCAUAUAUAACAGAGCUGCCAUCUGAGGUUUUGUCCACACCCUUGGGGCAAGCUCUUCGGCCUUUACUGGAUUCUGUUCAAAUCCAGCCUUCUGGUGGAAACAUCUUUAACAGGCAGAGUGGACCAAGUUAAUAACUGCAGCGCCAUGUUCCAGUGGGGGCAGUGCCCUCGCUUUUUAACUUAACAGCAUUUUCUAGCAUUUGUUUGACCACAAGUGUUUCUUUUGUUCCAUUUCCUAGAAAUCAGGACAUAGAGCCAUAUAGGCAACUCUUUAUAUUACUUAUAUCCCAUCAAUUUAAAUCACCAGUUUGAUGGUGUAAUGUAACAUUCUAAUUAAUAUAUAGAAAUCCAAAUUAUUUAAAAAUGAUAACCCAUCUUACGAGGGUAUUAUUUGAAUAAACAUUGGUUAAAUACAGUUUACUUGUAAUUAUACACAGCAUUGCAUUCUGUCCAUUAUAUCAAAAACAGAGAAGGCCCAGCUAUUGUUGAAAUUAAGACAGUUGUCCAAUUGGUGGCUGCAGGGAGUGUUUUUAUUUUUUUUAGUAGGGCAUACCCUUCUCCUGCAUACAUUUCAGCUUGCAUGCUUUGUGGAUACAGCACAAGGUUAUGGGGUGGUCUAACCCUAUGUAUUGUUAGGGCACCAUCUGCCACUGGGUCCCUGACUACUGUACCCCCAGGAUGCCUAUGCAUUAGUGCCUGCUUUAAAGAAAUUGUUCAAGGUAAAAAUAAAAACUGGGUAAAUAGAUUGUAUGUGCAUAAUAAAAAAUGUUUCUAAUAUAGUUAGUUAGCCAAAAACGUAUAAAGGCUGGAGUAAGCAGAUGUCUAACAGAACAAAACACUACUUCCUGCUUUGAAACUCACUUGCUUUCCACUGAUUGGUUACCAGACAGUAACCAAUCAGUGACUUGAGGGGGGCCCAUGGGUUAUAACUGUUAUUAGGCUAGACAUCCGCUCACUCCAGACUUUAUAGAUUACAUUUUUGGCUAACUAACUACAUUUAAAAACAUUUUUUAUUUUGCACAUACAAUUACCCAGUUUUUAUUUCUACACUGAACUGUUUCUUUAAGACAAGUGAUAGCUGGAGGGUUACUGGAUUCUUAAAGGGAUACUGUCAUGGGGAAAUGAAUCAGUUAAUAGUGCUGCUCCAGUAGAAUUCUGCACUGAAAUCCAUUUCUCAAAAGAGCAAACAGAUUUUUUUAUAUUGAAUUUUGAAAUCUGACAUGGGGAUAUACAUAUUGUCAAUUUUCCAGCUGCCCCGAGUCAUGUGACUUGUGCUCUGAUAAACUUCAGUCACUCUUUACUGCUAAUUGGUGUGAUAUCACCCCCUCCCUUUCCCCCCAGCAGCCAAACAAAAGAACAAUGGGAAGGUAACCAGAUAACAGCUCCCUAACACAAGAUAACAGCUGCCUGGUAGAUCUAAGAACAACACUGCCUAUUCUGACAAAUAAAAAAGUAAAAACCCAUGUCCCACUGAGACUCCUUCAGUUACAUUGAGAAGGAAAAACAGCAGCCUGCCAGAAAGCAUUUCUCUCCUAAAGUGCAGGCACAAGUCACAUGACCAGGGGCAGCUGGGAAAUUGACAAAAUGUCUAGCCCCAUGUCAGAUUUCAAAACUGAAUAUAAAAAAAUCUGUUUGCUGUUUUGAGAAAUGGAUUUCAGUGCAGAAGUCUGCUGGAGUAGCACUUAACUUAACUGGUGCGUUUUGAAAAAAACAUGUUUUCCGAUGACAGAAUCCCUUUAAUUUGCUUCUAAGGGCAGUGGCUGAUGGGAAGAUAUGUCGCCUGCAAUUAUUUAUGCACGACUGCGAGUGACAAAUCUCCCGAAAAUGCAUCUCCAUAGGAAAUAACUAAAAUAGCCAGCAGUAAAAUCAACAUAUCGCAAAGUCGCCCGAAGUUGCCAUAUGCUGGUUUUAUCGCCAGUGAUUCCCUGUCGGCCACUGCCCUAAUACAUCUGUUAGCCAGUGGUAGUGGGACAGCAAUGUACUAUGAAGCACAUAGCUCAUAAAUAAGUCCUGCUGUGUCUUAACUCUCCAGAUCUCUUCUUUAAUUUGUACAGGGAACGUCUGAACUUUACCCCUUCAGAGACAAAACAUAAGAUAUGUGACAACAACAACUCUUCAGAAUGUUGUAGCACAGGUCCCUGGGGGUACUGUUUUUUUGCAGGUUAAAGUUUUACCCAUUUUAUCAGUCUUUCAAGGACACCUUGUUAAUGUGUUUGUGGCAAGAAACAAUUGUAUAGCCUGACUCUCUUUGGCCAAAGGGCUAUUAAAACUAAAGUCCACUGGCUCCAAUAUGAAAUGCAUUAAAAAAAAGUAGUUACAUAUAUGUAUGUAAAAGUAAGUGUUUGUUUAUCUCUCUAAAAUUUCUGCUUAACUGCCUUUACAAAUGCAUGGCAAGCUGGCCUGUGGACCAAUGUGUGCACCAUGGGAGUUUUGGCCAUGCAUAGUAUGUUUAAAUUGCACUGACCCAUAACUUGCAAGGGAAGCAGGAGAGAGGAGCAACCCAUGGCUCUUACUGGAGCCCAGCAACACUGGAAGCAUUGGCAGACCACAAAUUUGUCAGAAUAGGCUGUCUGUAAGCCAGUGCCUUACAAAAGGGCUCCUACACGGAGCAAUGGUCAGUACGCUUGCUCAAAUGACUGAACUGCCAGUACUUACCACUUUGUAAAUUAACAGUUUUACUUGAAAAAAAAUCUUUAAUAAAAACACUAUAUAAAAGUUA